AAUUUUUAUUAAUAUUUUUGUUUGAAAAAAAAAAAGUACACGAAAAUCAAGGAAUGACUGUGAAACACUGGCUCGCAAUACAAUCGGUACAGAGGCACUUCGAAGGCAUCGAAGUCAUACACCCAAGUAUCGUAGGACUUCCGGUCAAACACACAGUCCAGGGUGGCACCAUUGUUCUUCCAUAGAGGACGCAGAGGCCAAGCACAAAGAUCCUGCUGCUCGCCCCUGUGCUCGCCCGGCAUGAUAGUUGCGUUUAGACGGUUCGGCUUGUUGCCCUUCGUAACCAACCCAGAGUCUCGAGGUUAUUGCGAGGGAAAGGUCCGUUGGCAUGGAUACUGCUGGGGGCACAGUACUCAGCACCAGGAACCAGGUACAAACGCUUCCAGUCAUUCAAUAAAGGCCUUGGAUCCCUCCCCAAAGGAGAGAUCGCCGUACAUGGUCUUGCGAACGCACUCGUGGUAGUGCAGCACCUCAUCAUCCUUGAUUCCGUCGUGAGAGUAGGCCACGGUGACGUUGCAGUAGUCAUAGCCGUAGACAUUGUGCCAGUUGUUGGAGUCGAGUAAGCAAUAAAGAAUAAAAAUGGGUAGGGGUAGAAACGAACGUGAAUUGGUUCUCUGGAAUUUCAACCAAGUCGGACCUUGCCACGGCGGCUUCAUAUAUGUCUUCUCAUAGCCAUGCCAAUCCUUGAUAUCAAGUCGAAUACUUGUUCUGACGCAUAUUCUGUUGCUAUUGACUGGGCCACUGGAAAAAGAUUUAGCAGGAGUUAUGAGAAGGACGCCUUUUAUGAUCGGAUGUUGCGUGUCCGGCGACAGCAAGUAGGGCCUUCGGACCGUGGCCUGGGUCUCUUCAGGAGGUAGACAAGUAGAUCAUCGUCAUCACCGUUUAGAUUCCAGUUAACUCGGUUGCCUCAGCAGAGCUGUGGAGAGAGAAGCAACCGUAUCGUGAGGACAUCAAAGUGACAAUAUCCACUUCAGGUCUGUAGGAGAUUUCCCGCAAGGCGUGCUCGCUCAGGAAAAGACGGAUUUCCGGGCAGGGAGCAUAUAGGGAAAAGGUCCAUUGUAACAGUAGAAGUAGCUCUGUUCAUUGACAGACUUGUGGGGUUGGUAACCAUGCUGAGGGUGCUCAAAGGUGUGGAAGAAGUGGAAGAAGUGGAAGAAGGGACAUAUUGAGAACACCAGUCUUCCACGCAUAAUCGUUCUUCCUUCAACAACUCUCCUCCAGAGAAGUCAGAAACAAUGAAAAAGUUGCGUGCAGCCAGCAAAACCGACCAGCGCUGCAUCACGCGCCACGCUCUCGGCUGGUAUCGAGCCCUGGUUAUCACAGGCCUUUACACCCAGCAGCCAGGCGAGAGCACCAGCAGCAAUACAUUCGACACCUUCAAUGUCGAUUCUUACAUUCCCAUUCUGAAAUCCUGCGUCGCGACCUAUCCCAUCCUCAGCGCCGCUAUCAGGAAUGAAGGCAGCCAGAACCCGGAAUUCGUCAGACCCGACCAUUUGGAUUUGCGGAAGCAUAUUGCCAUCGCCCAGCCAGGGCCCGUCGAUUCUGGGGAUGGGAAUGAGGAUUAUGAAUUGGCGCUCUUGAAGCGGGUGACGUUGACAACACACGAUGAGAUGUUUCGUGAUGUCGGCACCGUUCCACCGUGGAGGGUUGUUAUCCUGCCUGUCCCUCCUUCAGAUCACUCAAGGGGACAGCGAGUCUACAUCCUAUUCGCCUACUCCCAUUCUCACGGUGACGGACGAUCAGGUCUUAAUUUCCAUAAAACAUUCCUGGAAGGACUGGAUUCAGAGCAUGGUCAUGAUCAUGAUCCCAUGUACAAAACCACCAAUCUGCCCCCCUCCCCCACCAUUGGAAGAAGUAUGCAACCUGCGAAUCUCCUGGUCAUUCCUCCUCGCCGUCUUGAUGGGUCCAUACCUCCCGGAUCGCCUCCGUGA